UGUCUCAAUGUAAUCUCAGUUUGAAGAAGCAGAGGAGUCGAAGUAUCUUUAGCACUUUGUUCUGCUGCUUUCGGGACUACAAUGUCGAGUCGCCAUCUCCCAACAGCAUCAGCGUCCUUCCUCCACUGGUGGAAGAGAAUGGCGGGCUUCAGAAGGGUGACCAGAUGCAGGUCAUUCCCAUUCCAAGUCCACCAGCUAAAUACCUCCUACCCGAAAUGACAAUAUCAGAUUAUGGAAAGAAAUGUGUGGUCAUUGAUCUAGACGAAACACUAGUGCACAGUUCAUUUAAGGAAAUUCUAGGCUUACUAUAUCCAAGUGCCGAUCACUUAGCUUUCCCUCAGACUCACCUGUUUCUCUUCUCCAUCCUCCCCUUCUUCCAGGUUUAUGUAUUAAAGCGACCCCACGUGGAUGAGUUCCUCCAGAGGAUGGGAGAGCUCUACGAAUGUGUGCUAUUCACAGCCAGUUUAGCAAAGUACGCAGACCCAGUGGCGGACCUGUUGGAUCGCUGGGGUGUGUUCAGGGCCCGACUCUUCAGAGAAUCCUGCGUUUUCCACAGAGGAAAUUACGUGAAGGACCUAAGCCGCCUGGGUCGAGAGUUGAGCAAAGUUAUCAUCGUCGAUAAUUCCCCUGCGUCUUACAUCUUCCAUCCUGAAAAUGCAGUGCCUGUGCAGUCCUGGUUCGACGACAUGACAGACACGGAAUUGCUAGACCUUAUUCCCUUCUUCGAAGGACUAAGCAAAGAGGAAGAAGUCUAUACUAUGCUUCAUAAACUUUGCAACAGGUAGCCAAUCCAACCGGACCCGCUGCAGCCGCCCCCGGGGGACACACACGAGAGUCAACUCAGCUUCAAGGAAGCCGCUCCCGUCAGAGAGCCGUGCUGCUCUCGGAUCUUCCUCUCAACAUGCUGUACGUGAAGGACAAUUAUGGGUGGACGCUACUCGGUCUUUGGGAAUACUGAUGCCGUAAGGUGAUAGGACUACUUUUUUAAAAAAAAAUAAUAAUUAAAGAAGCUAUUUUGAAUGGGACUGUUUUAAUGAAUUUCAUAAACGGACGCGUUUUUCAGAAUCAGCUUUUUUUCUUAAAACAUGCCAAAAAAAAAAAUUUAAAAGCUUGAUGUUGUUUCAGCAAGUCGACUUAUCCCCUUUCCUACUCGUCCCGCCCUGCUAUGCAGACCAUUUUGACACCCCCCUCCUUCCACUCCCACCCCCGCUUAUGGAGCAGUUGAGCUGACUCUGAACUUUAUUUCUUCCAUAAUGAAGUGCCUUUUUGAAUGUUGUUUUAAGAUUAAGGGGAAAAAAGAAAUCAUUUUUGUAUAAGGCAUAUUUCCAGACAUCUUUUAGUCUUGUAUCGUUUAAAUGCUUUAAGAAGACAAAAGAAGAAGAGAAAAGUUGGAAAUCUUUUUAUAGAGCACUGUAAUAUAUUGGAAACGAGGAAACAGUUGACAUAGGUGGUGGGGUUCUUUUUCUGUCUCCAUGAUGACACUUGAGUUUGUAUUGGCUAUGUUUUUAUCAUGUUGGAAAAGUUCCCUGAUUGUACGAGGAGGAAAUCAUCGAGGCUACGCACAGGUUGGUGGUACAGCUGUCGUACUAAUUCAGGAGGUCACACAUGGUUUAAACAUUUUUUGUUGACCGAAUGUGGAGAAAGGGAAUGGAUACAUACAGUGGCAUGUUCUUCCUCAGCACUUUCGGGAUGGGGGAUUACAGUCUUUGCUAACGCACAACUUCAGGAAUAUUUCUGUUGAGGCUGGUGAUGAAAUAAGAGAUUGAAGAAAAUCGGUUUAUUUCUCAUUCACAAAUCCUUUCCUUUCAAAACAGAGGAGUAUCCAAGUAUUCAAGAUGUCCGUUGAGCUUUCAGAAACGUGAGCCCAAGCCCUGUCGAAAGGAGUGUAGGAAAUCGCUUGAGAUGUGACAGUUCGCAACCAUGGGAAAGCAAAAUUUGGGGGGAAAUUGAACUAUAUUUUUGUUCACGUUUCUAAAACGAGUCAAGUUAGCACUGAAAAAUGUAUUUUGGUAGUCAUGAAAUUUCAAAGCCUUAGUUUUAUUAAGUAAUAACUACAAAUGUAUCUAGCAGUGGAGAUGGAGCUGCAAAUCCCAAAGUAUUGCGAGUUGAAAUUUGAAACACUCGACAAAGGCGGAUUUUAUAAUCAAGGUUUCACGUAAGUGUUAUCAUGCAGAAACAGAAGAAAUGCUUUAGUUUUAGUGAUCACAAAAUAAACAUGUACUGUAAUUAAGAACUGGCUGUUGGAUAUGACUAAUGCACUAAAUAUGAGCAGCCAGUGUGAUGUGGCGACAAAAAAGGCUAAUGCAAUCUUGGGGUGAAUCAACAGAGGCACACAGGCUGUGGUCCUGUACACCAUUUGGAGUGUACCCCACUGAGGUCACUCUGAGGGACGAAUACCUGGUGCUACACAGCCCUGGUUGCUGGGGGAGGGGCACUCUUUGGAGGGGUCUUCCCCUCACAGCCAUUGUGGAACCCUUAAAGAGCAAGAGAAUUGGGGAGAGGGUGUUUUACACCAUUGCCUGUCCCCAGUGCCUUCAUAAGUCACUUUUACGUGGGGUGUGUGUGAUCAUAAUUAAACUCAUUGUGGGAUGCCUUGGAAGCCCAUGUUCAGGCAGAAAGGUGGCAUAGACAGUGAGACUUGCUUCUGAGGACACCACGCCUAGGAGCAGGACCCAAGUCUCAUAUCUGCAGAGAAUGAAGGGGCAAGAGAGGACCAAGAGGAGGCGGGGGAGUGUCACACCAAGGCCCUCUUUUUGUAGCAGGUACUCAUUUGCAUAUUAAGCGACAC